AGGACCUACAUGAUCAUCAGUCCCUCUUUCCAAGUGUUCACUGCUGUGGACUUUAAAGCUUGGUUCCAAGUCAAACUGGUCCCUGUCCUUGCAAGUUUCACUCCAGAAAUGCUCCGAGGUGUAACUACCGGCACGAACUGCACAAACUAUCGUAUCAUUGUGAGAGGAAUGGGGAAAGUUGUCACUGCCAUACCUCAGCAAAGACUACAGGCGACCGUUGAUGUUUUACUGAAAUACCUAAAAGACUCUGCUGAUGUCAUCAACCAAAAAGUUUGCAGACAAGGAAUCGAGAGUGAUGCCCAAUGGAUUGAAGAAAACCUGGGUCCAUUUAGUCAAUACGCAACAUAUUCUGAGCUGAAGUUCUUCAACCUGUCUCAAGUCGCUAUCCUGGAUUCGUUGUCUUCCGGACAAAAAGCUGAAUUUCUUCUUGAACCUGACAACCUGUCCAAUUCCAGUCUGGUUAUUACUGUGUUGGAACGUUUUACUGCUUCAGCGUCUCUGCAAGACCUUGAGUCUUUCUUUAAUGUGUUUGCUGAUGGAUUAUCAAAGCCAAACCAAACUGCAGUUAGUCCCAGUGUGCGGGACAGUAUCCUAAAUUUAACAAUUACAGCCCUCGUUCCAAACUUCUACAUGCUGAAUUCUGAUGGCAUAGCAAAAUGGUUCCAGGUUUAUCUUCCUCUCUUCCUACCAAGUGCCAACUCAGCAACAUUUGAAAUCAUCCCAAGAAACAUUUCCUGCAGCUCCUAUCAAAAUAUUGUGAAAGGUUUCGACAACAUAAUCAUCCAGCUCUCUGAGGAACAGAAGCAACAAGUUCUAAGAUUUGGAUUGGACUAUCUAAAGGUCCAGUUGUCCUCAGGAUUUUCCUGUGUGAACUCUGGGGGUGACACUAACAACAGAGACUGGCUCGAGGAAAAUUUCGGUCAGUUCCGUCUUCAAGCCUCUUUCCAGGAUUUUCUGUCCUUAAAGAAAGACUUUAAAGGAGCUGAGGUGGCUGAUCUUCUCACCUUCAGUCAGCUAAAGGAACUUGCAGCAAUCCCUUCACAGCUAAAUGGAACACAAGAUGUCACAAAUAUCAUGAGCGUCAUCCAGCCAUCAGACUUUGCUGCUUUCUUUGAUUCCCUCUCAACAGCGGUUAAGGCCCAGCCUGCCAACUACACACAGGAGGUCAAAUCUGCCUUCCUCAAUGUGCUUUUUGAGAGAGGUGACCUUUCAUCUGUCAGUGAUAAAGACUUCCUGCAAUGGCUGAUGCGACUGGAGCCCUUACUUGUUGAUCUCUCUCCAAAUUUGGUGAACCAAGUUUUUGGCUUUGCUGCAAACAGGAGUUGUACCACCAGACAAGAGAUGAUAAACAUGCUUGACACAAUACAGAUAAGCAACAGCACCAAAGCAGAAAUCUACAAAAACAUCCUCCUCCUCCUCCGAGAUCCAGAGACCCUGAAGUGUUACGAUGGUGGAAGUUUUUAUCUCUUCCUGAAAAACAGCUUCCUCAGCUUUGGAUUUCCAGACGUUUCAACAUUCAUAUCUCUUCUGCCACCAAAUCGCAAGUCAGAGCUCUUGAAUACCAUAAGCCCAUCGGAGCUGCAUGAGUUCCUCAGUCAGCCUGAUGUCAUCGACAAGGAUUCAGACAUCUGUGUCAUCUUCAGCAACUACAACAACACCGCUGCCUUCCUACAAACGGAGGACCUCCCAAAUAGCGUGAGGAGGAUCAUCCUCCCCUGUGUGUGGCCUUUGGCUCUGAGCAGUGAAAACGGGUCUGAGGUUGAUCUGUGGUUCGACGUACGGUUGAAAAACUACCUGAGCUUCCUCACCAAGGACCUUCUGAACUUCACUGUGGUGCAGAACGCCUCAUGUCUCUCCUUCCAGAGACUGGUGUCUUUCAUGGGAAACAACUUUACCUACAACAGUUCUGAGUUUGGACGGGAAGAUGUGUACCGCACCAUCAGGAGCUACCUGAGAGCUGGAUCUGGAGCCAGGUGCUACGAUCCCAGAGACCCAGAGCUUAACUCCACCUCCUGGUUUUUCAACUACAUCGGCAGCUUUGUGACAUUCAUCACGCUGGAUGAUCUCACCAGCUUUGUCUCCACCUCUCAGCUGAAUGUGUUCUUGGGCGACAAGGCUAAUCUGGAGCUCUUUACCGACCCAGCGAUCCCACAAAAUGUGACAGAUUACUACAUCUUGCAGCUCUUUCAGUUCAACCCAUCCUUCCAACUCAUGAUUCUUCCUGGAAUUUUGUUGUGCUCCCCGGAAAUCCCAAGCUCAGCAUUUGCCUCUCUAAAUGAAGCAGAGACCAUGGUCAUCUUGGACAAGUUAAAGAUAUUCUGCAAUGGAUCAGAAAAUCCUGAGAGAUCCGCAGCUCUGGCAUCCAACAUCCAGAACAUCACAGAGCAAACCUUCCAAGAUCUUGGAAGUGCCUCUUCAGGCCUGACAACAACCCAGAUACUCUCAGUGUCCCCCACAGUCCUGGUGUCCUCUCUGUCCAGUCUGGGCUCAGUAGAGACGUGGGGACAGGACCAGGCCAACAUCAUCGUCCAGUCCAUCACCUCCUCUGGCUUUCAGAUAAACACCACAGCAUCCCUGGUGUCCCUGGGAACUCUUAUUGCUGGUGUUCCUUCAGAGUCAGUGGAGAAGAUGUCGGCUUCUGAAGCCAUCACUGCCUCCAAGAACCCAGCGAUUGUUUCCAACAUGCAGAAAGCCCCAAAGGUUGUCCAGCAGACCUUUGUCAGAAAGAUCAUUUCUGGGUUCUCCAGUCCAUCUGAGGUGGUAAAGAAUGUCCCUGAUUCUUUGGCAACUGAGAUCCCUCCCGCGAUGCUGAUAUUCCCUGAUGGGGCUGCAGACAUCAGCGUGUUAAACAAGAAGACAUGGACAUCAGAUCAGUCCACCAUAUUCUUUCCGAUCCUGGGUGACAAAGACUUUGAUAUUGAGCAGCUUUCUCGAUAUUUCCUGCAAGGCUUCACAUGUGGCACAGUUAGUAAAAUGAAAAGAUCUCGAGUCAGACAGUUGAUUCGUGCAUGUAGGCCAAGAAAAGGAAGAGAUAAGGUGAAGCUGGAGGAACCACAGCUGACCUGCAUGUACAACCUGCUGCGUGACAACAUCUCCCAGAGCUUCACAGAUUAUCCUUCAGACAUGCUUCUCUACUUAAACACCAGAGAUGUCCAGAAAGGAAACUGCAGGGCCUACCUUUCGGCCCUGGGUGCUGCAGACUUCACUGUGGCCUCCAGCAUCUUGAACAAAGGCUCAAAGAAGUUUAGUGAAGCUGGGACCUGCUUGGGAAUCAGUGGGGCCGCCCUGAACAGAGACAACGUGGAGGUUCUGGGGAACAUGGCCUGCAGCCUGGAAGGACCUGACAUCGAGAACUCAGAUCCUCUCAUCCUGGAAAAACUUAAAGCCUGCAAAGACCUCUCUGACAGCCAAAUGAUGGCUGUGGAAGCGCAGCUGCUCAGUGGAAAAUCACGAUAUGGAAAUGUCACCACCUGGACCAAGAAAACACUAGAGGACCUCGACAUUCUUCCCCUGUACUUCUCAACAAACCUCUGGGGGCACUUAGACCGUCAAACAAAGAGAAGGUUCCUUAAAGGUUUCAUGCCGAACUUGAGAAGAAGAAGAACUCAGAAGAGGAAGCUAAAGAGGCUGUUCAAACAACUCAGUACUCGUUUGGCAAAGCGAGCAGCAGGUUGUAAUUCAGAGGAGAUCACCCAGGUGACCAUUAGCGACCCAGCGUUCCCCUUUGGCUAUGAUUCGAUGCAGUUUGACCUCUGCCUGGACCUUUCUGUGCUGAAAGAAAACCUCUAUGCUAUCUGCCAGAAAGUGGAUGAUGAUGAAUUCCAGAAAAUUAUUCUGAGGAAGCUCAACCAGACUUACCCAUCUGGAGUUCCUGAUCAGGCAGUACAGCUGCUUGCCUCAGUAUCUCGCAUGGCAACACUUGAUGACAUCUCUGGGUGGAGCAUCACUAAACUGGAUACUCUGGCCGCUCUCAUGGAACCUGAAGAUGGAAGCUGGGAGAAGGAGAAGAGCCGAAAAAUCAUCACCAAGUACCUGGAAACAUCUGGAAAUUCACUGGGCAGCGCUGAGUUGGACGCAAUAGGCUCCAACCUUUGCUCCUUGGAAAGCAGAACGCUACAGAACAUCACAACAGACAGCCUGAGAAAUGCCAGGCUUAUAGAUGUGUCAUCAUGUUCAGCUGAGCAGAAGAGAGUGCUCUAUGAGAUCAGCAACAGCUCCUACAGCGUUUAUCGUGAUAAUCCCAUUACCUUUUACAACCUGGUUAAAGGCUAUCUAGGUGGAGCACCGCAAGCAGAUAUUAGAUCAUUAUCAACACAGAACAUCAGCAUGAGUGUCAACACCUUCAGAAGUCUGGAUAUCAAUGUGAUAACUAAUGUAACUGUGAACGACGUCCGAGGGCUCAUGGGUGAAAACCUGCCAGAUCUGAAGCUGUUUGAGAAUGAAACAGUGGUUAGAACCUGGGUGAAUUUACAGCGACAGUCUGAUCUUGACACACUGGGCGUGGGUCUAAUCAGCAACAGAGUAGAUGCGAACACAACAGAACCUGGCUCCAACGUGAAUGGAAGCACCGCUACAACUGCACCACAAAACAGCACAACCGGCACCAACGUGACCCAAAAUACCACAACCGGCACCAACAUGACCCAGAAUACUGCAAAUGGAACUGUGACACAAGGAAACACAAACAGCUCCAGUCCAGCCUCAGUUGGUACAUCCACACCAUCACAACCUGCAGCUACAAAUGGUGUUCUCAUACUGACAAAAUCCCCUGCAUUGGUUCUCCUUGGAGUUUUGCUCACAGCUGGUCUACAAAUACUUUUACAGCCGGCCUAAAGGACCCUGCUGCAGAAGCUAUUCUUGGGUUUUUAAGCAAAUAUUAUCAUAUUAUAGUUCUAAUUACAACUGUAGCUGUAUUAUUUAUGCACAUGUAGAAAAAGAAACUUAAUUUCCACUGUUUCAUAUCUUUCAAAUUGCUUCUUGCAAUUAAUAUUUUACUAAAGAAUCAAUAAUAUGUUACUUUUUUUGGUGGGCAAAGUACAGAAAUAAUGCUUUUUAAAUAAUAGAAAUGUAUCUUAUAAAUCAAUAUUCUUUAAAAUAUAAUUAUUUUCUUCCUGU